UUCUUCCAGGCCAAAUGCGAACGUCAGUCUGGCGGGAAAAAUAAGUUCGUGAGGGUUCCAUAGUAUGUUGUAGCGCGAGCGUGUUCAGAAUACGUAUACAAUGAAACAUCUAAGUUCAAGUGACUCCAUAUAUCCAAAUGUCAGCUAUGAAAACACAAGAACCGCUUUAGCAUCAGUGCAAAGAUUGCUCGUCUGUUGUAAAUGCUCGCAGCUGAAGAAGAGUGUUUGCACACUGGGAAACUGUGAUCAUCUUUUUUGCGUGCAAUGCACUCAGGACUGUCUUGGAGAAUGUUGCCCUGUGUGUGGAACCCCUGCUCACUCACGGGAUGCACAAGUUGAUAAGCAGUUGUCCAGUUUAGUCUCCUUGAGCUUGGAGCUUGGCCGCCUACUACAGCAGCCAUCAGCACUUGUUACUGAUAAAGAUGAAGGUCAUGAGACUGUGGACCUCACCAAAGCAGAAAGGGCCAUGCCUAAGGACAGUUUGACAAUAUCUAAUGAUUCUGAUUCACAAGGAACACUGUCUUCACCUCAGCAGCAAAAUAUUUCUAUAAACCAAUGCCCAACAAGCAGCUUUUGUGCACUGAAAGAAAGUAAACGGAGUUGUGUGAAUCAGAAAAGGAGAGAAAAACUAAGUCUGCCUGAAAGAGAGUCGGCACAAGUAGGGAAUGUGGAAACAGAAAUUAUAGAUCCUCCAGUUAUUAUGACAAACAUACCUGAUUACAAAGGUCACAGAAGUGCAGGUGACAGUGGAUUUGUUGAUGAAACGAGGACAGAUCAAAUAAAGACUUCUAAGGAUUCUACUUUUGUCUCUGUGACUAAGGGGAAACAAAGGAGAAGUGUAAGAGCCAAACAUCUUAGUGUUCAAAGUACAAUGGCACAGUUCUUUGAUGGAGAGACUGUAGCUGUUGCUAGUAGUUCCAGCCUUGAAACAGUCAAAAACAGUGAUGUUGCUGGGACAUUUGAUGCAGACAAAAAUGUAAGUAGAAGAACAAGGAGACAAAGGAGAUCAGAACCUUCAAAUAAAGAAGAAGAAAUCUUAGGAAGAGAUACUUCAAGUACCUCUCCGAAAACAAGAUCUUUUUCUUCGUCAACAGCAGAAUUAAGCAGCCUCUCUAAAAGCAAGCGACAGCGAAACUCUUAUCCACCAACUUCUGUACAGACUUCUAGUAAAGUCAAAGCCACAGAAAAAGAUGCCAAAAGUCCUCAACUGAAAGCCGUUCAGGAGAGUUUUGUGCCAAGUUCUGUAUGUGAAAGGCGUGAGUCUGAUCCUACAAAAUACAACAGACCAUCCUUAACUGGUGACAGACUCUCAGACAUUCCUGUUCAGGGCAAGCGCAUCAAAUCAGUCAGCAAACUUCCUAGCAGCAGAAAUUUUAGCCAUGGAAGUCCUUCUUUGUCACAAUACAGUCCUGGUCUUACAAAAAGAAAUGCAAAAGGAGAGACACCUUUACACGUUGCUUGUAUAAAGGGGGACAUUCAUAUGGUAGAGGAGUUGCUCAGAAAGGGGCACAACCCAAAUGUUCGAGACAAUGCUGGAUGGACACCUCUGCAUGAAGCUGUCAACCAUGGAAAUGCCAGAAUAACAGAGAUGCUACUGAAGCAUGGAGCAGCAGUGAAUAUGCCAGGUAUGGAUAACGAUACACCUCUUCACGAUGCCGUCGCCAACAAUCAAGUGGACUGUAUCCAACUAUUGCUGGCUUUUGGUGCUUCUAAAACUACAAGAAACAUCCAUGGCAAGACAGCUGAAGAGUUGGCACUCACAAAGGAAGCCAAAGCCGCCCUUGCGCAUCGUAUUAAGCAGCAGCAAGUUGCUCUCAGUUUGCACGAGCCUGAAGAUAUGAUAGAUUUCAUGCCUUUGUGCUUUCUGGGAACAGCACUAGACCGUGACCAGCGCAUAUUGCUGCAAAAGUGUGCCACACUACUACAUGCAAAAGUAGUUGAUGAAUAUUCCCCAGAAGUGACUCAUGUCAUUAGCAGUUGCAACAAGGAUGGUCAGUGUCCUCGCACUCUGAAGUACCUGCAAGCCAUCUUAGGAGGGAGAUGGAUUGUCACCAUCGACUGGAUCAAGAUUUGUCUAGAAUAUGGAGAAAAAGUCCUUGAGGAGGCAUUUGAGAUUCCAGGAAGCAGCACCCAUCCAAACUGCCAUGCUGCACACCAUGCUCGUUUGAACCGAAAACAAGAACUGCCUGCCCUUUUUGACGGGUGCCAAGUCUAUCUACAUGGAACAUUCACCAGCGUACCUCCAAGCAGACAAGAACUGUCAGACUUGCUCCGACAAGGGGGAGCGCACUUUCUCACCAGAGAGCCUCGCCUGUCAGAACUUGACGAGUAUGAAUUCACAGUGCCAUACCAUGCCUCCCAAAGUAGUUGCCUGGCAGACUGCAGCAUCUUCAUCAUUCAUGAUGGAGGAGCAAAUGUUCCCAAAGUUGCAUCAAGCAGAGCAUGCUGUGUGCCAGCUUCCUGGGUCAUUGAAUGCAUUGCUACAUUUUCCCUGCUUGAGCCGCCACAAUAAUUAGCAUAGAACUGAACUGUAAAGAUUCCUCUUCCUUUUUUU